UAGUUCCAUUAUCUUGUGUAGUUGCACCACUUUCGUUUUUCCGGAACUGUCUGCUUCAUCGUCUGCUCCAGUCUGAUCAGCUGUGAUCCGUUGUAGUAUAACCUCUUCACUAUGUUCUAUUUAUCUAUAUUAACGACUUCUUGACUGAAUAUAAACUUUUAAAUAAGGAAAAUCAGUUCGGAACCAUUCUUUUUAUGAAUUGAAUAUUUCGUUGCUAUUGAAUUACUUGAAAUUGAUAGAAUUGACUACAUUUUAAAUAAUAUACCAUGAUUUUAGACAAUAUUAAAAAAAUAAUAUUGCUUUAUAAGCAACCAAAUAUGGGUUAUAUAUCAUGCAAUUCACAUCUGUUACUGUGCAGACAUAAUUUUGAUAGUUCAUCCCAGGUACUAGAUUCACAAAAAUCUAAGUGGAAGUAUACAGUGGCAGAAGAGAAGCAAAUACUUGAUGUAUUAAAUACACACACGAUAGAGCAGCUACGCGAACAUAAUAUGAAAAGCAAUCAGAUAAAAUGGAUACAAGAGCUUCGUUCAAAAAUUGGAUCAUAUGAGAACUUGGAUGAUCUAUUACUAGCAAAAGGAAUGACAAUGAGUAUAGUUAAAAAAUUAUACAAAUCUAUCAUUGCUGGUGGAAGUAACAAAAUCAAGGAAUCACAAAGAUCCUCGUUAAGCAUUCCCACAGUGUCUGAGACGAUACGCGAAAAUGUUAACACAAUACUUUCUUUGUGUGUGGGUGCGAAUAUAAUAAGCUGGGCUCAGUUGAACCGUACCUCCACUGUACUAAACUGGGAUAGCAGCAGUUUUGCAGAUAUUCCUGAAAACAUUAACCUUGCAUCUCUGGUUCCUUUCGCAUUUAAAAUGAGUUACAGUAUACCGAAUUCAGAUAUCUUUCUGCUUAAGUCUUCACAGGUCAUUAUUCAAAAUAACAUGAAUUUCCCAACUUACCGCGCAACAAUGCAAAGGCAUCAAUUGACUGCAUCAUUAAUAUCAAUUCUUGGAUAUCGAGAGGCGUAUGCAAAAGGUAACGGUACCAAUGAACCAUCGGAGGCGUUGAAAAAUAAACUUUUUCUCUUAAAACCACGAGUUACCUCUCGUCUUUUCAAUAUACAAAUUGGUGGAGAAAUUGUCUCCUCGGAAAAUAUCGUCCAUUCAUUAUUAAACAAAUCGUCACCCAUGACGAAACUCCCCAUAUUGCCAGUAAACAUGAGCUUUGAGCUCGAAAGUUGUUUUAGACAGAAAAAUGCAUACGAACGAGAACAAAUGUCGAAAGCGCUACUUCAAUCAUUAGCCUUUUUAAAUUUAUGCAUUCUUCAAAGUUCCGCAAGCUUGAGGGUAAAGGAGACACAGAACAAGCUUACAAGAGAGAAAAAUAUGAAAACUGUAACAACUGAUGAAAGCAUAGGUUCAUAAGUAGAUUGUUCAUUGAAAAAAAUUAAAUUUGAAUGAAGUAAUAAUAAACAGUGUUAAAAUAUUGUUUCUAGCCCAGUAAA